AUGCAGAAUCCCGCGAAUUCUGCUAUGUUGUCCAACUCCGAUGGCUCACAACCAAAAUCGAUUACAAACCAGACCAAGUCUGCCUUACACCAGCACACGGCCUACCCCAAAGUCGCGAUAUGGGCUUCGAAACUCUCCAAUGCUAGCGUCAACUCCUUCUCCGGCGCAAUGGCCGGCAUGGCUAGUGGCAUUGUCACCUGUCCGCUCGAUGUCAUAAAGACAAAGCUGCAAGCACAAGGCUCCUUCUCGAAUCCAGGGUUGCAGCACACAGGCCCGAAGCCAAGUGCGAUAUACCAUGGCAUGCUGGGUACUGCGCGAACGAUCAUUCGGCAAGAUGGCUUGAAGGGCAUGUAUCGAGGUCUGGGACCUAUGCUACUGGGAUACCUACCGACAUGGGCAGUCUACAUGGCGGUCUACGAUGGCAGUCGCGAGUACUUUUAUGUACACGGAUAUGGUCAAAGAGAGACGGAUAAGUGGUUCGCACGGGUCUACGCCAGCAUAGCAGCGGGAGCAUGCAGCACCCUUGCUACAAAUCCCAUAUGGGUCAUCAAGACUCGCCUGAUGUCGCAGGUCUCGAGGAGUGCAUCUGAUGGAGCGCGGACACCAUGGCAUUACUCUAGUACACUGGACGCCGCCCGGAAGAUGUACAGGUCGGAAGGUAUUGGUGUCUUCUACUCUGGACUGGCGCCCGCCCUGCUCGGCCUCACGCACGUCGCGAUACAAUUUCCUUUGUAUGAGUACUUCAAGCAGAGGUUUACGGGUAUAGAAAUGGGCGGUACACCGAACGCAUCACAGCCUGCGUCCAACACUGCGGGUAUUCUGGCGGCAACGUUUUUGUCGAAAGUGUGUGCAACUUGUGCAACAUAUCCACACGAGGUCCUCAGAACACGCAUGCAGACCCAACUUCGCCACGCGCCUGUAGAAGGCAACGGGCAUGGCGUGAGUGCCUCUCACCACAGUCAAAGCAUAUCAGGCACAAAGAGGAUCGGUAAUACUGACGGCGUUGCUUAUCAGCCACGCUAUCGAGGUCUGGUGCAGGCGUUUCAUACGAUACUGCGGGAGGAGGGAGCAAGAGCGUUCUACAACGGUAUGGGAACGAACAUGAUCCGGGCGAUUCCCGCAGCAAUGACCACAAUGUUGACGUUUGAGAGUGUCAAGGGUGCCGUUGGGAGGUUACAAGAAGAAGGCAAGGAGCUCACGCAGGGCGGUAACUGA